ACGAGACCAGCCAUUUGAAACUUCGUAUCGCACUUCUCCUUUAUACCCGCGCCCGCCCGCAGUCCAUUACCCUCGACGUUGUUGACAAGGAUUCUCACGUGCCCUCAACUUUCCCAGCCAACGUCCCACCACCACAAACUCAAUUGCGCACAUAUUCAUUCUCUCACCACCACAAUCAUGGCCUCAGCCGCCGGCUCUGGCCUGACACGCCGCCGCGGUGCAGGAGCAGCCCAUACCAGCGAUAACGCCGCCAACGAGAACGAGUCCAGUCGCGUGUCCUCUCCCGUGCCCACCAAAAACAACCCCUACGGCGGUGGUGGGCCUGAAACCAGCUACGAAAGCGGCGAGAAUGGACAUAGAAUCGCAUUUGACCCACGCGACAUUUCGGAGUCGGCGGAGCGCAGCAAGCAGCCCAAGCUUACUUUGAUGGAAGAAGUCCUGCUCAUGGGAUUGAAAGACAAGCAAGGCUACCUUUCCUUCUGGAAUGAUAAUAUCAGUUAUGCUCUCCGAGGAUGUAUCGUUAUUGAGCUCGCCUUUCGAGGGAGAAUUUCCAUGCAGAAAGGGAGCGAGAGGCGGCGGUUUCCUUUGGCAGAGAGGCUGAUUGAGGUGGUGGAUGACACGCUGACGGGAGAGGUUUUGCUGGACGAGGCGCUGAAGAUGAUGAAGAGUAGUGAGAAGAUGAGUGUGAGCAGUUGGAUUGAUCUCAUGUCUGGCGAGACGUGGAAUCUGAUGAAGAUCGGCUACCAACUCAAACAGGUCCGAGAACGGCUUGCAAAAGGUCUUGUGGAUAAGGGCAUUCUACGGACAGAGAAGCGAAACUUCCUCCUCUUCGAUAUGGCUACGCAUCCGGUUACCGACAACUCAGCCAAGGAUGAAAUCCGCCGACGCGUACGAAUGUUCCUCACACAACGUACAGUUGUUCUGCCUGCCACGCAAUGGCUUCCCGAAGAGAUGGAAUUCAGAUAUACCAGGACGGUGGCUAUGCUUUGUGCGGCGUAUGCGGCGAAUGUGCUGGAGAAUGCGCUGACGACGCUUGGGCACGAGGCUAGAGAACGAGCUUUUGCGCAAGUCGAUGAAUUGCUGGCGGAGUACAGCCAAUGGCCGUUCGGAAGAAGGGCGGGUGGGCCAUCAGCCAUAGGAGCGAACCUGGACAGCGUCAUUCGGGAUGAGGUUAACGCGGCAAAGGACAAGGAGCUGCAGUUGGAGGUCGUGGCUGCUUGCCUGAGUGUCUUCACUCGUUUAGACUCAUUGCUUUAAGCUUGGUUCUAUCAUUCGAUUCUGGUGUUCACCUGGGGUAGCGGAGCCUAGGCCACCAUAUCGGCAGCGUCGAGUCUUUGCCCGUAUGCUGUGAGCUGCCAGCAGGGUCUCGAGACACGGGCGGACAGACGCAAUUUUGCUGGCCUGCUUUGUCGCACAUCGAGCACGGCUCCAUAAAAAGGCCCUAACAUUGGGAAAAAGCGAAGCAGGAGUUCACGAACUACCUCAAUCACAAGUGCAUUGGGCGAGGCUUAUGGGACCCAUUGCUCUCGAGGAAAGAGAGCGGAGGAAUGAUCUCAAGCAGUCUUUGAGAAUGCACGCCGAGGCGCGUGGAUGAGGCGUGGCGUUAUUGGAGUACUAUAUGUAGCUUAUCUUUCCUUGGGAAGUUGGUGACGUGGGGAAGUGUAGCGAAGAUACCACGCAACAUUUGAUUGUUCUAGCUCAACCAUUGGGGAGGCUUGGUUUUCAGGAACAAAAUGGCAUGCAUUCGCCGUAGCAUAAUAAUGUUGCAUAACUUACAGAGUUGCUGGCUG